AAGCAGUUAACUUUGAGCAACGGUGUAGUGUUGACUGUCUCAGAACAUGAAUGUGAUAUAUGUCACAAAAUGUUCAGUUCAAAAUCAUCAAUACGCAGGCACAUGUACAUCCACUUGGGCUUGAAACCAUAUACAUGUCCACUUUGUCAAAAGAAGUUUUGUCACUAUUUAAACAUGAAGAAACAUAUGAAAAAAUUACAUGCAAGCCUAGUUGAAGAGUCGCACAUAUGCCAUAUAUGUGACAAAAUAUUUAAGACAAAAGAAGAUUUAGGAGUGCAUAUCAGCUGUCAUAUAAACAAUGACAUUGUAUACAAAUGCAUAUACUGUGCAAAACAGUUUUCACAUCAGCUGCUUCUCAGCACUCAUGAGAAAGAACAUUUGAUUAAUGGAAGGUAUCAUUGUGCACUAUGCCCAAUGACUUAUGAAUGCCGUAACCGGCUCACAAAUCAUGUCAGAAGUCACCUGAACAUCAAAGAUUACAUAUGCCAAUUCUGUGGAAAAGAUUUUCUCCGUUUAAACUCAAAGACAGGGGACCGUCCAUACCACUGCAGAAUAUGUGACAGACGUUUCUCCCACUCCAAUGCCCUGAUGCUGCACAUUCGCAGACACACUGGGGAGAAGCCAUUCCCCUGCGCAGUGUGCCCCCUGGCAUUCUCCCAACUGCCGCACAUGAAAGCUCACAUGCGCAAAAUUCACAAACGCGAGAACCCUUACAAAUGUCUCAAGUGUAAUGAGUUUUUCAAGUUAAAGGCCCACAUUGAGAACCACGAUAAAGUAUGCAAGGUCGGCGUGAAAGAGCUGUCCUUCGAGGAGAAGAUCCAGGCAUCGGUGCAGGCCGACGAGGUGGAGGUGGAGCCGCCGAUGCCGCUGCCGCGCAUGAGGUUCCUGCUCGCGCUGCUCUUCACCAUGAUCGCCAGCAAAGAGAAACUCAAGUACCUAGGUUUCAACAAGCGUCUGAUUGAUGACGUACUGACGGAGUCGUUGGAAGCGAUGGCUCAAAUCCCGUGUGUGGACAUGUCCCUCUCGCCUUACAAACGACUACAAGCCAACAUCGACAAGUUGUUGAACUGCACCGUACCAAAGGAACAAUACGAAAUGUUUAAGAAGGAGAAUAAGACGACUGAAGAAGUGCUGGAACUCUUGACGGAUGAUAAGAAGAACGACGAUAAAAAGUAAACCGGCUGUCGUGAGGCUGGUAUGGUAUUGUAAGUUAUAAAAGUUGUUUAGUUUAAGCGUAGUGAACCUAUUUAUUCGUAGAUUCUCAUUUUGGUAGUUGUAGCUGGUGUCUCGGAGAUCUGUUGGUACUAGGUAUAGUUUUUGGUGGUGGAGGAAGUCCCUGAUAUAUUUUGUGCCAUACCAGGUAAUGACCACUAAUGAUGGUCGAAAACACGGUAUAAUACUCCACCAUUGAAAUAUAUCGUAGUUUAUUUUAUGCCGCAUUCAAUAAUAUUCGGUGCGUCUGCGCAGUUUAUUAUUUUCUGUCAAAGAUAUCUAUACAUAUUAUAAUUCAAAGUUCCCUUUUCUAUUUGUAUGUUAUCGAUUUUCUCAAAAUCUACUGAACGCAUUUCUAUGAAAUUUGCUAUGAAAGUUUAAUAACUUGGGAAGAAAGGAAGGAAGCCGCGAGCAAAAGCUAGUUAGCCUAUAUUAUUAAGUUACACUUGCAUAAAAUAUCAUGCACCUAUUACACUGAACUGAUAUUGUCAAUUUAAAAUCUUGUAAAUUUAGAUUUAUGACUGUUACAGUGGCACAAUGUUUUGCUCAGUACGAGGUUCCGUUCUGAGAUCUCUUCGAAUCCCGGGUCGAGAAAUUUGAUAUUCGGUUAUCUCAGUAGUGACUCGAAGAAAUUGUGUCCGAUAUGUUAUAGGCUCGCCCUUAUUACAUUGGGAUAUAACUAUCGGGGAAAAGUGGGCGCGUUAGUUGCAGCUCUGCCUUCCCCUUUGGAAAUAAAGGCAUAGUGUGUAUGUUAAUUUACAGAUAUCGACAAUUCGUUUACUAUGCAAGCAGAGGCUGACUUAGCGAGACAAAUCAGGCAAACGUUCGGGGCUGUUUGGAGAACCUUUGUUUAUGAUUUUACUGACGAAACUAUUUAAACCGGGUACCUUUUCUCCGGGGCUUCGCGUCGCUUUUUUUUCUUUUGCCUGGGACCUCGUAUCGGUUAGGGCCGCCACUGUAUGCAAGUAAAUAACAAUACUGUAUAUUGUCGGCUAUAGGAUGCUGAAUAUUGGUAAACUCCGGGACACCGUAGCUUAAAAAAAAUAAUUCCUAGGCGUAACUAGAUAAACCUUCUGAUGAUUAUUUACACGAGAAUUGUGAAAAUUCGUUUAAUUUUCAUGUACGCAAAUAGUUUUUAUGCGAAAUCGGUGUGAAAUAUUUGAGGAAAUCAUUAUUAUAUUGCGUUUUCAUUACUGGGCUGUACACUGCGAGGUUGUAGGUUGUUUCCUCUGCAAAGUUCGAUAAGGUAUACUUCUGUUUAUGUAGGCGUUGAUGGACUCAUUGCCUACCUAUCUAAAGAAUGAAUGAGUUCCGAGUAAACUUAAAAAAACUACACAUCGAAUUGAGAACCUCCUCUAUUUAUUUGAAUUCAAUUAAAGUAUACAAGCUACAUAAUCAGUGUAUCGUAAAUUUUAUUGCUCAGUUUAGACUAGCUAAUUCUCGCGGCAAUAUAUUGCGCGACAACUUCCAGAUGAGUUUACACUAGCAAUAUUAGUUACACAAUAGAUCGAUACAUAUGCGACUUGCCGCAGAUUCUGCAAGCUUUAAAGGCAAAAGUCGGCUUUUCGUGAUUGUUUACAUACUAAAAAUUGCAUGCGAAAUUAUUGACUUGCCAAUCUCAAACUUUGCUUAGUUUUAAAACGCUCCAAGGCCUCUGAUUCCGAUUUAAUACUAUAUCAUAAACCCAACCAAUUACGAGAUAAAUUUAUAAUCACGUUUUUCUAGGAACUACGUUUAUAACGAUAAGCUAUAUCUUUGUCGACAAUGCAUCAUCGUUGUAGGCGUAUAUAACCUAAUACGUUCAAGAAUAUUUGAACACGUUUGAUAAACAUUCGCAAACAUUGUGUCAUUCUAAAAUGCGAUUAUCUGACAUUGUAGCCGAUGUAACUACUGGACAUCUUGUAUCUUAGGAUGGCGAGUGUAGUGGAUACCAAACAAUACUUUGUAAUUCAAGGUGUUGGUGUUUCUACUGUUUAUGGGCGGUCGUAUCGCUUACCAUCAGGCGAACGGCAAGCUCGUCUCGUCAUUUAAAUCAAUAAAAAAAAAGUAGAAGUUAUUUUGAAUCAAUUUAUAGAAGCGAAUGUUUUAUUUAUUUUAUUAUUCGCAUGAAUAAAUACAAACUUUGUAGUAAUGUCUAUUGUCUACACGAGUAUCAGAUAACGUCAUAAUAGUAGCGCAAUGCGGUAAAUUAUCAAUUUAUGCUGGUCUUGUGUUGGAUGAAUGAUUUUAAUGCCUUAGCGCCUUCAACCGCUCUAUAGAUAAUUAAAAUUAGGAAUAAUUGUACGAGGAUAUAUUGCGAUUGUUGAGACUUAUGAAAACAGGCUGUAUUUGUCCAUAUCUGUAUCUGAACUAUUUUUUUCUUUACCUUUUAAUGCAACACCAAUAACAUAAAUUUUUAUGACAUUCAUUAAAUGAUAAAAUCGCUAAUCAGGUAUUCCGUUCGUGAUUAUAAAUUAUCUAUGAAACGUUUAACUGAGGACAGUAAUUCAGUCGCGUUGUUAUUGUUUUCCAUGCAUUCAAUUAAAUUUUCUACCAUAUAUUUUUCUAAACUUACUUAACUGACAGCUUUCUUCUUACUGUAUUAAAAUCGAUGGACAUUUUUUUAAGAUUCAUUUAC